AUGUCGUACAGCACCAACAUCACCCCGAAGACGAACAUCAAAAUCGUUUGCGGAUGCAUAACCUUCGGUGCGCCCGGUGCUGAACAAGCCCGUGUCCAUGACCUUUCCGAUUGUCGCUCAAUUCUUGACAUCUUCGCCUCUCAUGGACACACCGAACUCGACACGGCCCGCAUGUACGGCAUGGGCAGCUCCGAAGAUUACCUUCGUCAACUAGGCUACACAACCCCUUCUUCCUCUCACUCCUUCCUAAUUGCCACCAAAUGCUAUCCCUCCGCACGUAAACCCAAUACCCCAGCCAAAGACAAAUACACCUUCUCUGCCCCUGACAUCACCCGCUCCAUCGGUAACAGUCUCUCCAUCCUCGGUACGGACAGCUUUGACUUGUUCUACGUGUACUCACCAGACCGAGAGACAGAAUUGGAAGAAACACUCCACGCAGUCAACGAAGCUCACAACCUCCCCUCCUCGUAUCGUCCAAUUUCUCUGCUAUGCGUAGCGAGCAAGAUUGCGGAGAGCGUGAUCAAGACUCUCUUACAAUGGGAACUUGAGCGUCGCGGCCUCCUUCGAGACCAAUACAACACUGUCCCUGGUAUCUCCACCACACACGCCGUGGUACAUCUGGUGCAUCGAGGCAGAGAUGCCGUUGCAGAGGGAAAACAGGUGGCGUUGAUCAGCAUCGACGUAGGCGGCGCCUUCAACCAGAUCGAACAUUCUGCCUUAGUAAAGCGACUGCUGGAUCUCAAUCUUCCCGACAUUGCUCACUGGAUUCGUCUUUGGCUCCUUCUGCACCCAGAUCGCAACCUCAGCCAACAAAUCCACCUCGACGACGUCAGCCUCAUUCUUCUACAGAGCCCCCUCCAAUCGAUAUCACCACGGAUGAAGCUCCUGAAGAUCCACCGUCUCACAAUCCUGACAUCACAAUCAUCUCGGACAACAGCGACGACUCCAUCAUCUUCGGGCAUUCACCACCUGACACUUCUCGAUCGGCACGACUCAUUGGCCAACUUUACCUCAAAAGGGGGCCGCGAAGGCCUCGCUGACAGGUUCGACCGAACCCAUGCUCAAGGCCAAAUGUACCGUGCUCGUUACUGGCAACAACACUAUUUCGACGCUCUGGACCUUAUUCGUCCGGUUGCUGAAAAGCACGGACUGGGCUUGCCAGAGGUGGCAUUGAGGUGGACGAUGUAUCAUUCUGAACUCAACAAGAAACAUGGAGAUGCCGUUAUUAUCGGUGCUAGUUCGACGAAGUAUAUCGAACAAAAUCUGAAAGACUUUGAAAAGGGACCCCUGCCGGAGGAGGUGGUGCGGAAGGUGGAUGAGGCGUGGAAGAUUGUUGAGCCUAAUGCUCCUCCUUACUACCACUGA